UCGAUUCCUUGGCAAUCCCAUUCAUUCGUUGUUAAACGGAAAGUUCGCGCGAAAUCGCAUGGUAAUCUCGACGAGGAAUCUCUGUGACGAACGAAACGCAAGCACUUCCUCGCAGUAGCAUUCGGAGACGUCUACCUACACGCUGUAACUCGCCUAUUUAUAAAAUGCGACCUCGUGGCAUACACCGUGUUCGCCACUACCGCCUACCUAUCAUGGUCGUCCCGCGUGCAAAUCAGCGCGCUGUCUAGCUCGCUUCUUCCUAAUUUCCGAACGUACGAAAAACAGGUCAGAGCUAUUUUAGCGCGAAACGGCCCCCAAAGCCUCGAAAGUGUCGACGACGAUGUCUCGUUAGAACGAACGGUGUACCACGUGUGUGCACUACCGUUUCUACUUCACUCUUCCGCCUCUGUUAUCCUUGAUAACGAACAAGUCUUUCGAUCUGGGAAGAAUUUAGAAUAAAUCUGGGAACGUCACGAAGAAGAAGGCGUCCAGUCGGUGCAGUGUGCUGAAAUGUCGGAAAUAGAAGAUUCGCAGGACGCUUCGGAGCAGGAUGAUACACAAGAUGAAACCACGGAAACAACGGAAGUUGACCAUGAGGUAGCAAGCAAGAUAGAGGAAUCGGAUAACUCAGAGUUGUCAGAAAAAUUAUUUACGAAGGAAACAGAGGAGGAACGAGAGAAAGUUAACGACAAGGAACAAGAGGAAGUUAAGGAGAAGGAACGAGAAGAAGUAAAAGCGACGGAACAGGAAGAAAUAAAGGAACAAGAAGAAGAAAAAAUUAAAGAAACAAAAGCGAGAGAGACGCCAAGUUGCGAAGAGACGCAAAAGGAAGAAACGUCGGUCUCAGAGCUGGCGACCGUCACGAGAAGCGCGUCGUCGGAUGACGGCGUGCCGGUGUCGGGGGUGCUCGCGAGGCAGGCGGAACCGGGUACAGGGGUACCACUGGCAACCACCGUCAGCGACGGAGACGGACAGCAGCGUCGCGUCAGCAGCGGUACUAGCUCGGCAGUCGGUGAGUGGAAUUCAUUGCCGGUACUGGUAGAACGUCUACGCGAGGCGCUCGAGUUGUCCCUGGCAGCGGGUUGCCGGCGAGGCAGCGACGAGCCGACGGCGACGUCGCAUCGCGGCGUCAACGUCGGCAUCGACGGGGUCGGCGACCGAUCCUGCGCGCACCGUUCUAUGGAACAGGUGCUUUUCGGCAGCGACCACGACGUACCCGUGUCGAGGAAGGACGAGCUCAAGUUCCUGGAAGAUUUGCUGCUGUCGGAUAUCCAGACUGCGCUCUCCCGUCUGCGCGAGACGCUCGAACGCACGGACGUCGCGACGCUCACGAAGCACGGCGGGGUAUCAGAUCCCACGAGUAAGCUACACCUCUUGCGGCUGGUAUCGAGCUUACUGUCGCGGCUGCAGGUGCCGGUGGAAGAGAAGGGAUCGAGCAGCCACGAGGGCGACAGGACGAUCGGCAUCGUGGCGCAGAACGGUGGCGGCUGUACGCUACCUGGACGAAGACGGCGAGCUGUCAGACACACCAUCGGCGUUUCCGCCGAAGAGAUCGCACGCGCGAGGAGGCAGCUGGAGGAGAGCAGCGCGGACUUAGCGAGAUUGAAUGACCAGGUGUUCCAGAUUGAACGACCUGAACCAUUGCCGUCUGCAGCGUCGCGUAACGCGACGAUCUGCGACGAAAGACCGCACGUGGAGGAGAUCCACGACAAAUAUACGAAGGACGUGAUCAAUCAGCGUCAGUCGUUGCGCGACAGGAACAAGGAUACGAGUGAAUAUCAUCGGUCACUGAUUCCGCCACAGGUUGGUUACGUGGAUCGGCCGGUAGUCGCGCUCAGAACGACGGACGAAUCGAAUACGCGGCAGAUUCAACAUCGGGACAGCGUCAACGGUUACCAGGAGAACCAGGUGAGCAACGACGAGGAAACCGCGAUUAAGAGGACGAGCGAGGAGCAGAGUCAGGCGACGAAACUUGCGGCGGCACUUCGGCAACGCGCGGAACUGAUCAGCGCUAGCAAAUGCAAUAGCGGCAGCAACAAGUUCGCAGCGAAAAAGUCGAAAAUCAAGCGCGCCAAUACCGUCGACAUACCGAGCUACCUAAAGUUACAGGCCGACAGUCUCGGUUACGACAAUCCUGGCUGCGCAGUCCUGCGACGUCCCAUCAACGUGGGCGAUAAGAUUUCUACGAACGCGUCCAAUCUUGGCGUGCCGUCAUUCCAUCCGAGAACGGAGAAUGACAAGAAGUUCCUGGCGUUGAUCAACCGGAACAACGAGACGCAGACAACGUACAACGCUACGCCUGCCUUUGCCAAAUCCUUCGGCUAUACCAAAGCGACAGACAUGGCGCAGCCGAACGAGAACUGGAACAGCCGAUUUUCGAACAUCAAGACCGCUUUCGACAAGCCUUCGUCCACGAAUGAUAUCGACAAGUUAUCACCGAGACUGCAAAACACCGCGAAACGCUUCCCAAAUACUCCUCAAACGUCUCCUCAGAUUCCUCAGGUGAACAAGAAGAUGCCGACCAGUGGCGGCACGACGAACAACAGCUUACCGUUCGCAAACGCGAACGUGCCGCAGCCGGACGCGGGCUUCAGACACGCGCCUUCGUCGCUGUUUCGAAAGAUCGAGAAGCCAUGUACACCGAAAUCCCCGCUCGGUCAUCACUGGCAAAGGGACAACGCACUACCGCCCGGAAACUCCUUGCGCGAGAAGGCCAAGAUAUUCGACCGAAACGGUAAUCAAUCUCAUCCGCCGCCGUUCAACGUGAACGAGAGUAUCCAGAAAUCUGCUUUCCCUCGACCACCAUGGAUCGAACACGACAAAAACGAGAAUAAACCGAAUAAGAUGGUCACCGAGAACGGACGGCUCGAUUAUCGAUUAUUCUGCAAGCAGUUCGCGCCCUUUAUCGGCAAGAACACCGCCCCGGAAGCCGAAAGCAUCGAGAAUUCUUGCAAGCGCAACGAACGCUCGAACGCACAUCGCAAGAACUUGGCGCCAUUGAACGAGAAGCUCGGCGUGGUGGAUGGAAAAAUUUCCUUCAGGAUGUUCCCUGAGAAAGGAGCGCAGGUAUCGCGAUAUCGCCCGAACGAGCCGCGGCGCACGAUUGAGGAAUCGAUUCGAGACAAAUCUGAUUUUCAUAGCGAGAGGAAUGUCUUCGAACCACUAAACGCAGCGCGCAAUGAUAAGGACUCAGUCGGAACCACAUUCGCGGGCAACGCACCGAUCGAUGCGAUGUUCAGAGGUAGCUCGUCUGUGGCCAUACAGACUGGUAUCGACGACGAUGGUCAUCCUGAAGAGGCACGAGUGUUUCGAGUGACUCCUAAGGUCGCAAAGGGACCGCCGUCUGCGUACAACAAUGUGUCUGUUCAAACUCACAACGAACAGGAAACCAAAGAACACUGGACGGCUCUUCAAUGUAACGACGCUGUUCCAACAUCAGACUUGAGUUAUCGUCCUACUGGGGACUCGAGUCAUUUCGUCUUGGAUCACAAUCGAAAUUAUACCGUACCGACCGACAUCGCUUUGAGAAACGAAACUCUGCCCUUAACGAGCAAGAAUACUUGCGAUCUUAUCAAGAAAGGCACCAUUUGCGUGCCGUAUUCGACGGAGAACGUCCCCUUUUCAGCUACUUCCGAUCAUCAAUCGUCAGAACAGCACGAACUAGUCUUUCGAACGAGUCCGCGAUGCGAAAAUUAUUUCUCACCUAAAUCGGCGAUUGAUAAUCGAUCGCCAAUAUACCCGACUUAUAUCCCGUACGUUAAAUUUCAUAAAGAUCCGUUCGAGGAUCAGACGCCAAGCGCGUCGCACGAGACCGACAAGGAAGAUUUCCUGUGUACGAGCGACGGCGCUUUGCCAGAGGAACAGAAUAUACAAAAUCAGGAUAUCAGUGCGGACACCGGCGUCGUUACACGGUACACCUGUGCGAUCGCUACUGUUGCAUCCGAGGACGUUCCAGCGACACGCGUCGACGGAACUAGACCGGAAUCCGGAAUGUCACCAUCUGAAAUAUCCUCCUCCUCGUCGCCCUCACAGCUCUGGCCGUAUCCCAAAUCACCUAAUAGCGAGACCAUCACGACCGAAAACGAAAUACGUCGACACAACUUGCUGCAACAGAGCCUGGUCCGACAGUUGCAAAACGAGCGAGCGACGCUGAACGAUUAUCAUACGCCUGUCGUCAACCAAUCUAGCAAUUUUAAUCAGCCUAGUUUUCAUCAAUCUGACAGUUUUAAUCAAUCUCUGAGAUUCCAACCCGUAGAAGUGCCGAAAAGCCCGGAACCACCAAAAAGACCGGAACUGCCGAAAAAACCGGAACCACCGAAAAGAUCGGAAUUAUCGAGGAAGUUGGAACCUUCAAGGAAGUUAGAACCUUCGAGGAAAUUGGAACCGUCGAGAAAGUUGGAAUCAUCGAGGAAGUUGGAACCGUCGAGAAAGUUGGAACCACCAAGAAAAUUCGAGACAUCGAGAAGGUUGGAGCCGACAAGAAAAUUCGAGCCUCCAACGGUUGUCACCGGUUUGCUGUCAGUAGCGUCAUCCUCUGGAUUCAGCUCGAAGAAUCGGAUUACCGCUCUCAGAGAACAAUAUGAGCAACCGGGCAGUCAAUCGAAAUCCGUGCAAAAGGAACGCUCGCCAGUCCCGAAUGGAACGAGCGGCGCGAUGGAUUCCAGCGACGAAUAUCUUGUGUCCUGUACCAACAGACCGUCUAGAUCCAUCGUCCUGUCCAAGUCCGAAUCAUGGCAUCAGCUGGCACUCUCGAAGACCCAUCACGCUCCGUCGCGUCCAGUACAGAGCAACUUACCGCCGCCAUCUCUCGCCGGCACCGGAUCUUAUCUUCCCAAACCACCCAAGCCAAAGUCACCAUCGUCCUUCAAGAUGAAAAAGCAAUACGAGGCAUCCUCGUCUUUGGACAGCGUGAAAAAGAUGGAGGAUAAAAUACGCAGAUAUUUCGAUAAUCCAGCAAACGACGGUGCCAUGGAGACGAAGGAUUCCAAGGGUAGACGUUUCUCGUCGCGCGAUUCAGUGAAAAAAGGUCUCGUUGGCCUAUCCCGAAGUCGCACUAUGCCAGGAAUAUGCGAAGAAAGUCUGCGCCUGACGAUCCCGGCGGUGCCACAGAUUUCCGUGGCGAGCCUCAAUAGUGCCGACGUGGACAAAGUGUUCGAUGACAUCUUCGAAGAGGCCACCAGGACUGACGACCGCUUCUGAUCGACUGAUCCUCAUCGUCGUGAGAUGUCGGCGUGAUGUUUCACUUGGGAGACUUGGUGACGGUAAAAGUGGUGUCCGUUCGGGAUUUUUGCGAGUAAUUUUUCGAGAACCGACGAUAUUUCGCGCUGUGUUGAACAUCGUGAUAAGAAUAACGAUUCUACGACCGUCAUUAAUCUCAUCAUAAGUAUGCAACAUAAUUGAUUGAUAACAUGGAUCGUUAAACUGUGA